AUGACCGUAUUUGUGAGUUCUGCCAGGAUCGUGGAAGAGCAGUUCUUUGCCCAACCAAGCUUGAAGAAAGACACCUUCAACGCAGCUGAGGAUGGUCCAUUGAUGAAUCCUGCUCAUGGACUUGUGGGGACUCUGGCAGAGAAUCGACGGGAGGCGGACGCCUUCCUCGAAUGGUUGCAAUCUGAUGAGGGAGGCCAGAAGAUCAUCCGAUAA